GUGGCCGACUUCAUGUCAACAUUUUGCAUCGUCUUCUAAAAUAAUCCUUAACUUUCAUCACAGGAAAGACAGAAAACAGGUUUUCGUGAAUGUGAUGCCAUAAUGUAACAUUCAGUGGUCGAGAAAGUUGUGUAAAAGGUGGCAGAAUCAUCAAGUGCUGAAACUGAUUGCUGUCAGCAAUGGCACGCUUGUGGAGAAGCUAUCUGGGUGUGCUGGAGCACUAUCCUUGGACAACACAAUCAACAACAACAGGUGUACUGAUGGGAGCAGGGGACGUCAUUGCUCAGAUAGCCGUUGAGAAAAAGGACUCCAGUAACUAUGACUACAAAAGAUCAAUACGCUUCUUCUUAUUUGGUCAGAUCAUUGCUGGACCUUUAUUAAGAGGCUGGUAUCUCACUCUGGAUAAGCUUUACAAAGGAAACUCAAAGAGGGCAACUUUGCUCAAAGUGCUCACUGAUCAGACAGUAUUUGCUCCGAGCUUUUUGACGUUCUUCAUUGGAACGAUGGCUGUGAUGAGAAAAGAACCUGUAGAGGAAGUGAAGAGGAAAAUCAAACGAGAUUUCAUGCCUGUACUUAUAACAAACUACAAGAUAUGGCCUGCAGUUCAGCUAGUCAAUUUUUACUUUGUGCCUUUUCAGCACAGAAUUCUAGUGGUGAAUGUGGUCGCCCUUGGAUGGAAUACUUAUUUGGCGUGGAAAGCGGAACGACAGGAUCCCGAGGGCGAGGUACAUUAAUUUGAUGAGGUCAUGAGGAGGUCUGAUUUUGGAACUUUUAAGGUUACAGAUGCGCAGUUUGGGCAUUUGGGUCCAAAUUUGCGUCCGAACUGAAAAGUGAAGGAGCACUGAUUGGGUUGACUGCCACACAGACAUUUUAGGUUGAUACACUAUAAAUUUCCGCUGUUUUGCAUCUGGUUAAAAUAUACCAGAACAUUGUUUGUUUUGAAUAGAACUGAAAACUUUUUUCAGUGUUACUACCCAACUAUGUAGAGGUUACCAAGAUUAUAACCACAGCUAAAAAAAUGAUGGUCAUGCUUCGUUUAUAUUUUGAUAUGUUGUAGAGAAAAAUGCAAGCUGCAUGUGGUGGCAUGGCAUGGUACCACGCGAAAGUUAGAGGAUAUAUAUAUUUGUGGCUGAAUUAGGCAAAUUUACUACAUAAGUAGUAUGGAAAAUCAAUGCGUUCGUCUAACCUUAAAGGUGAACCUCAAAUUUUUUUCAACGCUUUCAAAGACGGCAUCUUUUUGUCACUAGACAAACAUUAGUUAAAUCUUAAUGAUAUUAUGAUCAUUUUUAAUGAAACUUAUCAGGGAAUUUUGCAUGGCUUUCCAUUUUUUUAAAACUUUGCAAGGUUUUAGAGAGAGUGCCUUUUGUCCAACUUCAAUAAGGUAAUAAGUCGUUGACAAGGACGUAACUGAUACGUAAGCAUGACGUCAUGGCGCUGAUGACGACAGGGGAGGACAUAGAUAACACGUGUUUUGUUGAUUGAUAUGAUUAAACUCAUUUCCAUGGUUGCUGCAAAAUGUCUUGAAAUAUAAUGUCAUUUAUUUUUUCAAUGUGGUGUCAAUAGUUUUGUAGAAUGGUCGCAAUUCUCCUUUCAUGAGGAUUUGUUUCAGCGUGCUGUUGGUUCCUGUUACUGGUAAGGCGAUAGGAGCAUUUUUAUUCUGUUUUAAUUGUUUCUUAUUUUUUUUUUUCUGUAAGUGUGUGACUUGAUGAGACACCUAAAAAUCUUAAAUCUUAUCAUGCUUUAUGUAAAUUUGACAGUAUAAGUAUAUUUUUGAAAGUAUAGUGUUUGAUCUCUUUUGCCCAUUGAUGUCUUACAAGCAGUUUGUAUUUAAAGAGCCUGUGUUUAAGCGGUACAAAGUUAACGUUGAUUGGCUGUAACUGGUAGUUUUGCAUAUAUCCAAACAUUUCAAAAAUUGUUUAAUGAUACACGUUUGAACAAUGUUUCCAGUGCAAAACGUAAGUUAAUUCAGCCAAAAUAAAUGUACCUAAUUGGAUGGGAAAUUAAUGCGGUAGAUCCACAGCAGGUAAUGAAAAAUGUAUUCAUAGUUUCGAACAACCGGGUUCCUCGCAAGGACUGGAGGUGAUAAAUAACAUGGAGGUAAAUGAGGAAAAUGCUGAUUUGUGUUGAUUCCUGGAGUUUGCAGUGUUACAGCGCACUGAAACUAUUGUAUUUGAAGGCUAGGUGCAUUCUGAUUACUUGUCCAGAAAGAAUCUCUGGCCUAAAAGCUAUAUUUAAAAUUUUUAUCGUCUUCAAUGCCUUUCUCAACUGAGUUAAAAUCGCUCUGUUUUUACCUCCCGAACUCUAGUCAUGUGACCAAAGAGCGUGCUGAUCGUUGGCUUCGAGCAGCUAUGUCAUUUCUAGGAAUAAUAAUUUUUAUAGAUUUACUCUAUUUGGUCCCCUGUAUCAUAAGUUAGAGCAAAUUGUUGUGUAUGUAUACACAGUGCAAUUUUUUUUUUCACUACUCGUUGUUUCAUGAUUCGUGCCCUUGUCGAACUUAAUUAAUUCUGCAAAGAAUCUCAAGACAGGCUCGCGAACUUAACACUGUCAAAGCUACACAAGAUGACGUAUAGCUCAAUGCUUAUUCUGAUGGCCCGGAAGUUGGAGAUCACGUGAUAACCCUUGCAUGGUGAAAAUAAAAUGGGCGCCGCAUGGUGAAGCACAGUGGAAAAGGGUUGUCUUUUCCGCUCCGCCAGCCGCCAGUAAGGCAUAAUGGUAUGGAAAGACAUAAGCUCUAAAGAAAUACUCCGACUAUCUUGAAAGCUGAAAAUUAUACAAAUACACUAUUGCUGACAGCGAUUAAAAAAUAGGCAUUUUCUUACUCUACAAUGUUGGGAGGACAAUUUGCUUCACUCAUGCCGUUUGUUACUAAGGAGAUCAGCUUCCGAGCCGUCUUGUUGAAUUACAGAACUCUCAAACCAUUUCACGUCACUUUCGGAAUAAGCUAUGAAGAUGAAGUAGGGACAAAACACUUGUUCUGGUAGGACAAAAUUAUUUGUUCCAUGAGAUGGCCAGUCAGAAUGUAAACAGCGCCGCAUAUAUACGACAGACACAUUAAAUUGAUCGAUUUACAUACAAAUAUACAAUAAGGAUCGCAAAAAUAAGGUGAUGGUUAUUUUUUACAUUUGAGACCGUACAUGCUAUCGGCUUCUAUGGUCUUUUUCGUGAAAAUCAUGGGAAGACGAUUAAUAGCAUGUCUGGGCCUUCGACACCACCGCCAUCUUAAUUUCUGGAUAAUAAAGAGCUAUCCGCGUUACCGGUUAAGGUUACAUGCGCAAUUCAGGCAAUUGGGUGAAAGAUUUGCUUCCGAACUGAAGAGUGACGGAGCGCUAAUUGGGAUGGAACUGGAAUCUUUUUUCCCAGUGUUACUUCCUACCCCUCUGAAUGAUACCAAGGUAACAGAAUGCUAUGACUUCACUCCAGCAACAGCAGCUCAAAAAAUCGCGGAAGACGGAUGAAUAUUUUUGAGGUUGAAGUUGACAAAUUUUUUACAUGCUUAGUAAGGAAAAUCAAUGAGCUCGUGUAACCUCAAGAUUCGACAACGCUUACAUGUAUAGUCAGAGAAUUACUAUUUUCAAAUAGUUAUUAGCGUUUUUUCUUUCACGAUCCAUUCGCUCGUUUGUAAUUACAAGACAUUAUGUGUUUAGUGAUCACUUAUGCAGAUGAUUUUACAGCAUACGUCAGGAUUGAUUGCAUUUGUAGACGACGUGCAUUUAAUUA